AUGUAAUAAGCCAAAUCGAGUCGGCUAUUUGUUUUAUGUUGCCAAGCAACAAAAUAUCAGAUAUUAAAUUUAUUUAUUGAAUCAUUCCAAACAAUUGCUAGUAACAGUCAGACGGAUUGGCAAAAAAAUCUCAUUUGAAAUUUGAUAAUCAGAAUAUCAGAAAAUCAUGGCCGAAACCGAGAAAAUCGAGGUGCGCGACAUAACGCGCAUCGAACGAAUUGGCGCCCAUUCGCACAUUCGCGGACUCGGCCUGGACGAUGUGCUGGAGGCGCGCGCUGUCUCGCAGGGCAUGGUCGGGCAGAAGGAUGCUCGGCGCGCCGCCGGCGUUGUCGUGCAAAUGGUGCGCGAGGGCAAAAUCGCUGGGCGUUGCAUUUUGCUGGCGGGUGAACCGAGCACCGGCAAAACGGCCAUCGCUGUGGGCAUGGCCCAGGCCCUAGGCACUGAGACACCAUUUACAAGCAUGUCCGGCUCGGAGAUCUACUCGCUGGAAAUGAGCAAAACGGAGGCGCUAUCUCAGGCACUGCGCAAGAGCAUCGGUGUGCGCAUCAAGGAGGAGACUGAGAUUAUUGAGGGUGAGGUGGUCGAAAUUCAAAUCGAACGUCCCGCCACCGGCACGGGACAGAAGGUGGGCAAAGUCACACUGAAGACCACAGAAAUGGAAACGAAUUAUGAUCUGGGCAACAAGAUCAUCGAAUGCUUUAUGAAGGAGAAGAUUCAAGCGGGCGAUGUCAUCACCAUCGAUAAGGCUUCCGGCAAGGUGAACAAGUUGGGACGCAGCUUCACACGGGCCCGUGACUAUGAUGCCACUGGGGCACAGACUCGUUUCGUGCAGUGCCCCGAAGGCGAGCUGCAGAAGCGCAAGGAAGUGGUGCACACCGUCACUCUGCACGAGAUCGAUGUGAUCAACAGUCGCACCCACGGAUUCCUGGCGCUCUUCUCCGGGGAUACCGGCGAGAUCAAGCAGGAGGUGCGCGAACAGAUCAAUAAUAAGGUGCUGGAGUGGCGCGAGGAGGGCAAGGCCGAGAUCAAUCCGGGCGUCCUCUUCAUUGAUGAGGUGCACAUGCUGGACAUUGAGUGCUUCUCAUUUCUGAAUCGCGCCCUGGAAUCCGACAUGGCACCUGUCGUGGUCAUGGCCACCAAUCGUGGCAUCACACGCAUCCGCGGCACCAACUAUCGCAGUCCACACGGCAUUCCGAUCGAUCUGCUCGAUCGCAUGAUCAUCAUACGCACUGUACCGUAUACCGAGAAGGAGGUCAAAGAGAUACUCAAGAUACGCUGCGAGGAGGAGGACUGCAUCAUGCAUCCCGAUGCCUUGACUAUCCUCACACGCAUCGCCACAGACACCAGUCUGCGCUAUGCCAUUCAGCUGAUUACUACAGCCAAUUUGGUUUGUCGUCGUCGCAAGGCAACCGAAGUGAAUACAGAGGAUGUUAAGAAGGUGUAUUCUCUGUUCCUGGACGAGAAUCGCUCGAGUAAAAUACUGAAGGAGUAUCAAGAUGACUAUAUGUUCAGCGAGAUCACUGAGAACGAGGAGGAUGGCACUGCUGCUGCCGCCGCUUGUGGCGCAAAGCGUCGCGUAGAGACGGGCGACGGCGAUGCCCAGCCCAUGGAUCAUUAGUAGUAGAUCAAACAUCCCCAUUAUUUUCUGAGCUCCUCCAAUAAAUAUAUUUCCAGCAAGCAUUGUA